AUGACAUUGUUUUAUUACAAUAAGGCUACUAUAAGUAUUGCCAAAAAUCUUGUUUAUCAUGAUAGGACCAAGCACAUAGAGCUAAACCGACAUUUCAUAAAGGAAAAGAUAGAAAAACUGGCCUAUAUCCCUACAAGUUCACAAAUUGCAAAUAUUCUGACUAAAGCUCUUCCUAGAAGCAUUUUUGACAUAUUGAAAUCCAAGAUGAGAGUAAACUCAGCCCAUGCUUUCAUUAAAAGUGUGUUUUUAACAUAUAGUGAGAGUGGAAAUCCAGCUUUAAAGGAAAAGUUGCAGCAGUCAAGUGACAGAUGCAUGGUACAGGAUCCUGCAUCUGCAUCAGAGUGCCAGACUUUGUCAGGCAGCAUUUAUGUAGCGAACUACCAUAUCAUCACUACCUCUACACCAAAAGUUAAACUUCACACUAAACUAAAUCUAAUAAAUGCUGAACAAGAUUACAAAGCUUUAUCUUCUUUGCUUGGUCAAAUAAAAGGCUUUAUCAACCUGGACGUCAUUGCAGACAAACGACAUAAUGAUGACAUAGACUAA